UCAUUUGGCGCCCUUGGCCUUCUUCACGAUGGCCUCCAGCCAGUCGAGUGGCUUGCCUUCCUUGUCUUUGUUCUUGGCGUACUUCUGUGUCUUUGCAAAGGGCUCCAGAUACGCACUCGGUGCGCCGGACGGCGUGUCGUACGCUGGCACAGCACUCAACAGAGAGACAGACUGCAGGGACUGAACGAGCCAUUGCGUAUGAGUGCCGUACCGCUGCUGCAGGGGCUCCAAGGGCUACCGAUCACCUUGAUUCCCUUAUUCUGCACGUCCUCCGACAAAACACGGGCCUGGUGACAUAGAAAAGGAGACAUGGCGGGUAUUGGUCCUCGUGUGUCACUCGAGCACUGUCUUCUAUUAAGCUACCUGCUCUGCGAUGGCUUCUGCAUCGGCGGCCUCGUACUCCGUGCUACUGGCCUUGCUCAUCGCCCUAGUUACGUGUCCCUCACGCGCCGGCGCCUCACUGGCCGCGACACCCCUCUUUUUGUGCGCAUCGAUGGGGGGUAGCUUCACGUCCCGCGCCCUGCAGACAGAAGACGGACAGAAGAGACAGCACUGGAGACAACUGCCGUCGGGUUCCUUUCUCGCCUGUCCGACAACAGUUUCUCCUUCUUCGUCUUGGCGAGCGUCCUCUGCAAUUCGGUGACCAGGGUGUUGGAGAACCUGACGCAUCAACGCAUGGGACAGAGUGAGUGCAUCGAGACGCGGAACGGAAGGGGGAGAUGGAAAUUCUCAUGUACCUGUAGGUGGCGUCGAGAGGGCCCGUGUGGAGCGGGUCCUUCAACGUCAUCUUCUGCGCACUGAUGCAAUACACACCAAAAAAGACAAAGACAUUCCCAGUGUGGUCCUCCCUCCAGGCGGUUCGCUUACUCUCUAAGUUGUAUGAUAAUGGCGUCCUUCUCCCGUAUCUCGGCCUUCAGUCGCUCCAUCUCCGUAUCCUUUUCCUUGAGUUGUGUCUCGAACCGCUCCUGGAUUUGGCGCUUGGAAUUCUCAAAGGCAUUACUCCAGACGUAGGCGGCCUGCUUCGCAUCGCUGUAACGGUCGCUGCACCAACACGUUCAAUGAGUCCAGAAUGAGUCAAUGUGUCAGUUGAAUUCAUUCAGAAUUGGUCAUUGCAUGCUCGUCUCACUCACUCAUUGAGUCGCUUUAUUUCAGCCUCGAGCUCCUUGACUUUCUUGCAAAGGUCCUUGUUCCCAGUGUCACUGCCAGCCCGAGGGACUUUCUCAGAGCAUGCUGCCGUGGCGCUGCCAGGCAUGACUGAAAUGAACAACGGAGAAAGGGGGCACGCGGCGGCCACGCAG